GGCACAUUCCCAUUCCCCUUCCAUGGCAUCCACGAGUUAUGUCUGCGAUACUAUCCCUCCUCCUCGUCUUGCGGACCCCGACCGACCGCUGCACGCUAUCACUGAAGAGACUGACCCUGACCUGCACUCGGAAAGCCGGCCCCAAGCAGCUUGGCCCGGGCCGCCGUCGAGGAAGUUAUGCGUUCGACACCAAAGGAUGGCAGACGAAGGAACGAGCCUGAAGUUACAGCAGUCUCUCGACGCGCUACCGGUUGAGGAGCGAGAAACCGUCAGCAACAUAUGGUCCACAUUCUCCUCGUCCUCACACCCUCGCCGAGAGCUCAUUCUCCAUGGGCUGCUGACCAUGUGUUGUUUCUCGCAACUUUCGCUGCUGAGUGAACAACUGGCUCAUAUCAUUCGCAUCGACCCCUUCGCUAUCUUUCCCCGUGAAGUUUCGCUCAAGAUUUUGGGAUACCUCGAUGCUACGUCACUGUGUCGAGCUGCUCAAGUCACAAGGAAGUGGAAAUGUCUGGCGGACGACGACAUUCUCUGGCGCGGCAUCUGCGAGCAGCAUAUCGGGCAGAAGUGCCACAAGUGCGGAUGGGGCCUUCCCCUGCUGGAAAAGAAGCGGAUUUACAGCAAGUCGCAGUCGCCCGCACCGACAGGGGAUGAUGGGCCUACUUCUCAGAAGCGACCGAGUGACGAAGCGUCAUGCAGUAGCCCUCGGCCACUGAAGCGGCAGCGCUCAGAUCCGGCGACAGUCGUUGAGGAGGAAGACGCGGGCUCUCUGUUGGAUUGGUCACUGGGACCAAGGGUGGAAUCGGCCACACGACCAUGGAAGGAUGUCUACAGCGAAAGGCUGACGAUCGAGCGCAACUGGCGCAGGGGACGAUAUACCACCCGGGUGCUCAAAGGCCACACGGACGGUGUGAUGUGUCUGCAGUUCAAUGAAGCGCUAUCUAAUCCCGACUUCCCCGUCCUCAUCACCGGUUCGUACGACCGGACUGCUCGCGUCUGGAAUCUCGAGACGGGGGCUGAGCUCCACUGUCUGAAAGGCCACACUCGGGCCGUCCGAGCUCUGCAGUUUGAUCAAGUGAAGCUGAUAACGGGAAGCAUGGAUCACACCCUCAAAGUUUGGGACUGGCGACGGGGAAAAUGCAUCCGCACGCUGUCUGGUCACUCGGAGGGCAUCGUGUGCCUUAACUUUGACUCGAAUGUGCUUGCCAGUGGCAGUGUUGACUCGACCAUCAAGGUCUGGAAUCUGCGGACCGGGGGAGCUUUCACAUUGCGGGGACACGGCGAUUGGGUCAAUGCCGUGCAGCUCUGGGAUUCGACUGGCUCGCAGACUACCUCGCCAAUGGCGCCAGUCGCCGAAAGCUCGUCGCUGCCGCCGUCGUGUAACGGAGCUCCCCACAUCGAUCCCGGGAAGAUGCUAUUCUCCGCCUCGGACGACGGCACCAUCAGAUUAUGGGAUCUGAACUUGCGGAGUUUAGUUCGGGUGUUCACUGGCCAUGUUGGACAGGUCCAGACCAUGCGACUCAUGCUUCCCGACGAGUGCGACAGCGACGAAAAGACAGAGCCACUGCCUACGGACGAGGACGCGGAUGCCCCUUGCGACAAGGUGGUGAGCAAGAGCAAGAAGCCGCUCCUGAUCUCUGGCAGUCUUGACAACACCAUCAAAACCUGGGACAUCGACACCGGGGAGACGACCAAGACGUUCUUUGGCCACAUAGAAGGCGUCUGGUCUGUGGCGAGUGACAAGCUAAGGCUGGUCAGUGCCAGCCACGACCGCACCAUCAAGGUCUGGUCCCGCGACGAAGGAAAAUGCACUGCCACUCUCGUCGGUCACCGAGCUGCUGUCAGCUGCGUGGCAUUGGGGGAGGACAAAAUAGUUUCCGGCAGUGACGACUGGGAUGUCAUCGUCUGGGGCUUUGGAGGAUGAAUGUGAAAUACUCGAUUAUAGAAGCGUUGUAAAUCAGAUCUCGUGACACUUUCUUGCAUCCCCCAUCUCCUCAUGUCUGUGCUCUCAAACCUUGAACGCUUUGGCUCUCGGCGCUCCGGUGACACAAACUGAAUUUGACGCAUCCCGUGCACCUCCUUUUCCGGUUAUGCUUGGCGCGCCAGGACCCGGAACGAGUGUGACACAGAAAAGUCGGAGCGGAAGAAGUUGAUGCCACACGGAAAAAGACGAGCCCCAGAAACCGCAUUCUCUCCGAUCCGUCAUACGACCAUGGCCACUCCAAGAACUCUUUCGGUCGGCGCUGCAAACACAAGCCAAUUUGAUCGCGGAGACAUUGGCUUCAUCGUCACCGCGGGCAUCUUUGUGCUGUUUAUGGUCCCAGGACUGGCUUUUUUGUACUCUGGUCUGGCGCGGAGAAAGAGUGCCCUUUCGCUCAUAUGGGCGGUUUCUGGCGCAAACGCAGUCACAGUCUUCCAAUGGUUCUUCUGGGGAUACUCCCUGGCGUUCUCGUCGACCGCCACGAAUGGGUACAUUGGCAAUCUUCGUAAUUUUGGUCUGCGCAAGGUGUUGGGCGAUCCAUCGCCAGGGUCUCCACUCAUCCCAGAAUUGCUCUAUUCGUUCUUUCAGAUGGAGUUUGCGUGUGUCACAGCAGGCAUCCUGAUGGGCGGUAUCGCUGAGCGGGGUCGGCUCUUUCCGGCUAUGGUGUUCAUCUUCCUCUGGGUUACAUUGGACGCCUUUUGCCUGCUGCUUACCCGAUCUCACUUCUUCUUUCAGUGGCAUGCUGGUGAUCAGCACAGUGGCAUGUCUCGUCUUGGCACUGACUGGAUUCUCAGGGCAUGGUCCACGAACGGCUGGGCCUUCAAAUGGGGGGUGCUCGACUUUGCCGGUGGAGGACCGGUCGAAAUUGGGAGCGGCGUGGGUGGACUGGCGUUUUCCUGGGUGCUCGGCCACAGAGGAAAGCAGGAACUGCUCAAUUUCAGACCUCACAACGUGUCGAUGGUCAAUCUCGGGACCUUCAUCCUCUGGCUCGGCUGGCUUGGCUUCAACGGAGGCUCCGCAUUCGGUGCAAACUUGCGUGCAAUCAUGGCGAUCUGGAACUCGAUGCUUGCAGCCGCGUUCGGGGGGAUGACGUGGGUGCUUCUCGACUUCCGUCUCGAGCGGAGAUGGAGCAUGGUCGGCUUCUGCUCAGGGACCAUCGCCGGGCUGGUGGCCGCCACCCCGAGCAGUGGCUUUAUUCCACCUUGGGCGAGUCUUGUUGUAGGAAUCGUGGCCGGUGCCUUGUGCAAUUUCGCAACCAAAAUCAAGUUCCUAGUAGGCGUCGAUGACGCACUCGACCUCUUCGCAGAACACGCGGUCGGAGGGGUCAUAGGCUUGCUCUGCAAUGGUUUGUUUGCAUCUCAGGAAAUCAUCUCGCUCGACGACGUCAACACGGCAACACUCGGAGGCUGGCUCGACCACAACUGGAAGCAGCUUUACAUUCAAUUCGCAUACAUCGUCGCGGUCGCCAGCUACACCUUCGUCGUCACGGCCGGUCUUGCAAAAGUCAUAGACAUGUCUGGCCUACGGCUCCGCAUCCGGCCCGAAGAGGAGCACAUCGGAAUCGACGAGGUCGAGGUGGGCGAGUUUGCCAAUGACUACAUCGAGAUCCGUCGCGACUUUAUGGAUGGAAUGGGCUCAUUCGACACGAAACCAUCGCCCGCAGCAGCCGGUGAUCGCCACGGGCUUCCUGACAUCGAAGAGGAGGACAGUGGAGCACCGACUUCGGAGAAGAGUACAGAAAAAGAAGACGAAUGAGUGCGCAACAUUGUCAGUGUAUUGUUAAUUAGCCUCGUUAGUGUAUCGUUCAGCAGUCCCAACCAUAAACGUAAUCCUCAA